GAGUAUGAACAAAGUGCUUUUCAAGGAGGAUAGUCUUUGUUAUGAAUCAUAUCACGUGGCGGCCAUUUGUCACUGAUCUGGUUGCUUAGCAACAUCGUGAUGCCGAGCCGCUAAACAUGGCAGUCGAGAUUAGCAAGGCAACAUUACACACAACAUGACGAGCACAUUUAUGCACGCUCUGCGUUAAUAUCUAGAAUUUGAUUUAAUUCAGGAGGUAGGAUCGUUUGCUUUAGAACAAAAGAUCUGAUUAACAUCUCGUACGCACACCUAAACAUAGUCGUUUAGCAAGUUUGCUAGCUAGUAGCCUAUCUGGCUAGUUCACUAGAAAUACUGUUCCUGGAUUAACGGACAUCUAAAUCGGUUCUGUUUGCAGAUCUAGUGAUUCCUCUUAUAGGCUUUACGGUGAUCAGAGUGUUAGUAAUGACUGGCUAAUUUUAGGCUAGUUUCAGGAUUGUGUGUUCGUGCACAGUAAAGCAUCAUCACCAUGCUCUUGUCUCGGAUGAAACCAGCUGUGGGCGGUGAAGCGUCCACCAACUCUAAUGAGAAGAAAAGGAAAAAUAAAACCAAAAAGACUCCAAGACUUGAAGAUUAUCUAAACCAAAGAGACUAUCUAGGAGCCCUGACACUAUUAGAGUUUCAGCGUAGUGGUGGGGUGUCAGUGGAGCAUGCAGACCUUUGGAUUGGCUACUGUGCCUUUCAUCUGGGAGACCACAAGAGAGCAAUGGAGGAGUACAAAGCUCUCACUUUGAGGCCCGAGUGUCCAGUGGAUGUUUGGGUAAAUCUGGGCUGUUCACUCUUUUUCCUGGGGCUUUAUAAAGAGGCUGAGGAGGCAGCAUUAAAAGGGCCAAAAACUCAGCUUCAGAAUCGCCUGCUCUUUCAUUUAGCUCAUAAGUUCAAUGAUGAAAAGAAGCUGAUGGGUUUCCAUCAGAACCUGGAGGACGUGACUGAGGAUCAGCUGAGCUUGGCUUCUAUUCAUUAUAUGCGCUCUCAUUACCAAGAGGCUAUUGAUAUCUACAAACGCAUCUUACUGCAGAACAGAGACUUUCUGGCCCUGAAUGUGUAUGUGGCUUUGUGUUACUAUAAGCUGGAUUACUAUGACGUGUCUCAGGAGGUGUUGGCCGUGUAUCUGCAGAGUAUUCCUGACUCUACUAUUGCCCUCAACCUCAAAGCUUGCAACCACUUCAGACUCUACAAUGGCAAAGCUGCCGAGACGGAAUUGAAGAACCUGAUAGAUAUCUCAUCCAGCUCAUUUCAGUUUGCUAAAGAGCUCAUUCAGCACAAUCUGGUUGUGUUUCGUGGGGGUGAUGGGGCCUUGCAGGUUUUACCUCCUCUGAUUGAUGUCAUAUCAGAGGCCAGACUCAACCUGGUCAUCUACUAUCUCAGACAAGAUGACAUUCAGGAAGCCUACAAACUAAUCAAAGACCUUGAGCCCACCACACCCCAGAGCGAGUUGCACUCGCGCCAUGGCGGAUUCGCUAUUUACACGGCGGAAUUUGCAAGAGCAAAGACUGAACGCAUCUCCAGAGAGGAAACGGAGCUGUUCGUGCGUGAGGAAUAUAUUCUGAAGGGGGUGGUGAAUGCUGCUUUGGGACAAGAUAUCGGAUCGAGGGACCAUUUAAAAAUUGCCCAGCAGUUUUUCCAGUUGGUUGGAGGCUCAGCCAGUGAAUGCGACACAAUACCUGGCAGGCAGUGUAUGGCCUCCUGUUUCUUCUUGCUGAAACAGUUUGAGGAUGUGCUUAUAUAUCUCAACUCAGUCAAGAGUUACUUCUACAACGACGACACAUUCAACUUUAACUACGCUCAGGCCAAGGCUGCUUUGGGAAACUACAAGGAGGCUGAAGAGGUGUUCCUGCUCAUCCAGAAUGAGAAGAUCAAGAAUGAUUACGUUUACCUGAGCUGGUUGGCACGCUGCUACAUUAUGAAUCAGAAGGCUCGACAGGCCUGGGAGCUGUAUCUGAGACUGGAAACCUCAUCUGACCCUUUCAGCCUCCUGCAGCUCAUCGCAAAUGACUGCUACAAGAUGGGGCAGUUCUAUUAUGCAGCUAAAGCAUUUGAUGCUCUAGAGAGACUGGAUCAAAACCCUGAGUACUGGGAGGGGAAGCGUGGAGCAUGUGUCGGGAUCUUCCAGCUCAUACUGGCAGGCCGAGAGUCCAGAGAGACGCUGAAGGAGGUUUUGCCAAUGUUGAGGAGCACUGGAAACCCACAAGUUGAGUACAUCAUCCGCAUCAUGAAGAAAUGGGCCAAAGACAACAGAGUGGCUCUCUGAUCGCAUUUACAAAUUUGCCAACACACUGCAGUAGUCAAUCUUGGACAUUUAUGUUAUUUAUUUUACUUUUUUUGUAUGGUAUCCUUAUGGUUGUUUAUCUGACAACAAAAUUUGUGAUGAGUACAACAGUUCAGAUACAUCUUAGAAAGAAAACAAAAUCUCAUGCUCUUAUAAAGCUACAAUAAGUACAGCCACACUAAAAAAUUUACUUAAUGUUUAUUACAUUAUAUCUUUUUUAAUAUUUGCAGUUGUCAGAAAGAGAAAACUAUAUUUACAAUAUAUCCAUGUCAGUGAAUGUUUUCUGUGAGAUGGACAAUGCAACAAAUAAAGUUUAUAUCUUUUCAUACUU